CAUGGCACCUGAAUAUGUUGUUCGCGGGCACUAUUCAACCAAAUCAGACGUGUUUAGCUUCGGAAUUCUAGUUUUAGAGAUUAUAACUGGAAGAAGAAACUGUGGAUCUUACAACUCCAAGCAAUCCGUUGACCUCUUAAACCUUAUAUGGGAGCAUUGGACCAAGGGAACGAUAUUGGAGAUAGCUGAUCCGUCCCUUGCAAGCAGAAGCAGUGCUCCUGAAGAGGAGAUACUCACCUACGUUCACAUCGGAUUGAUGUGCGUUCAGGAGAGCCCUGCGGAUAGGCCUACGAUGUCACGGGCGAAUGCGAUCCUUAACAGCGACACCGUCUCGCUUCAGGCACCGUCCAAGCCGGCUUUCUGCAUCCGGGCAAGUAGUGCCGGGCCGGAACCACGACACGGCGCCUCGCAAGGCCGUGGCAGGCCGCAGUGGCGGAGCUAG